AUGUUUACCAGAACAGCAGGCCUAUGUUUGAGAAGAACUGCUUUGAUGCUUUCCAGAAGUGGUAAAGCCAAUGGUUCCAUGGUUGCCAGAACCGUGUUGACCAAGCCUAUGAACCAUGCUCUAAUUGCUAACUCCUUGUUGAGAGCUUUCCAUGCUGGUGUGACAAUUCACAACCAGGAAUCCAAGCAAGUUAGAGACAUUCUAAACAGUGAACUCAAUCUUGAGCUUGAGUCCUUGAAGGAUGAGGAAGCACCACCACUGGAUGAGACUUUCCAGGAGUAUUUAGAUAAAUCAGGCUUUAGCAUUGUUGAGAGACCAGGUAAGAAUGAAGCUGAAUUGAAGAAAACCACUGCCGAUGGUGAAACUGUUCGUGUUUUGUUUGAUGUUGCCCAAGUAAGCAACUUGCCUUACGAUGCUUCUUUGGCCGAAGCUGCUGCCAAUGAGCAAGCAAUCAAUGAAGAUGAUUACGACGCCCUUUCUGAUAAUUUCGCCAAUGUUACAGUUGUCGUUUCCAAGGAAGGCAGAUCAACUUUGGGUUUCGAACUUCUAAUGAACAUUCAAGAAGGUAGCUUCUAUGUCGACAGCGUUACUCCAUAUCAAGGUGACAACGUGGCUUUGUCAGAAUCUGCUGAGGCAGAUGCCCAAAGGGACGCUGUUUAUCACGGUCCACCAUUCUCUAACCUAGACGAACAACUACAGGAAUCCUUGGAAGUAUUCCUAGAGAGCAGAGGUAUUAAUGAGGACCUUGCUUCUUUCAUCGGCACUUACUCUGAAUUCAAAGAAAAUAACGAGUAUGUCGAUUGGUUGAAGAAGAUGAAGGAAUUCUUCGAGUGA